AACAAAACAGCAUUCGAAAAGCUUUCAAACAUUUUACACAAACAUGCCAAACGAUGCGAUAAUCUACUCUGGUCGCUAUGAAGUUGGGCGCCUCCGUCGCCGGCGGGAUCAACGAAUUCAGGAUUACAUUUUCCAGCGAUCCAAGCGGACCAGUAAUCCCCCCUUAGAGUGCAGUAUGUGGCGUAUAGCCUAUCUAACACUGUACUUGAUUGUGUUCUUUGUGGUUCUGGGAUUUUUUACCGCCGGAAUGGCGUUUCUGGUGAUACACUUUCACAUUCCCUCGGAAAAGCCCGGAGAGCUGAAAAUGCCCGGAGUCUGCACGGCUCCCGGCUACUACGUUGGCGAUGUGAAGCACAUCCUUUGGUCCGAAAACCGUCCUAAGGAGCUGGGUGCUUUCCGAAGGCAAAUGUCCAGCCUAGUUAGGCCCUAUGGCAUCCAUGGUGCCACGCGAAUGCUUCCCUGCAACCUAGACGACAGCUAUGGAUAUGCAACCGGCAAACCCUGCAUCCUCAUAAAGCUCACCCAGGCCCUAGACUUCGAGGCGGUCACCUACAACGACGGAAUAACCCUGCCCGAUGAAGCCCCGGACGAGCUAUACGACUACAUAGUGCAACUGGCCACCGAGGACAGACUGAACCGCAUCUGGGUGGCUUGCGAGGUGACGUCUCCGGAGAAUCUAACCGUCAGUAUCGAAUAUGUACCCUUUCGAUAUUUUGAUGCUGACGCCCUCUUCACCCGGGGUAAUGUCUUUCUCAAUGUAUCCUCGGAAAAUGAAAGCGGACAACAUUUCGAGAAUCCGGGGCUGAGGCGCUUGAUCGGAGUUCAGUUUAAAAACCUUCCCAACAACAUUGACAUCUUCAUUCUCUGCCAGGUUUGGGCCAAGAAUAUCCCGCUAGAUGUGGGCUCGGCCAAGUUUAUGAUGCAUAUCACUGCCCCAGUGCCAGCAACCACAGAACCCGACUACCUGGACGGCCUGGAAACGUGA